AUGGGAUCUUCUCCAGUCUUUGCCGGCUGCAUAUUCAAGAUGGCGGAGAAGAAAGAUGAGAUGGGCGCUGUUACGCACCAACUCAGCCAGGUCGACGAUGACAUGAACAAGCAUGCGAACGUCAAGGAGGCUAACGUAGCCUCAGUGGCUCUAACCGCUGCCAUGGAGGCAGAAAAGCCGAAGCUGUGGUCUCGAGGCAUGAUCCAGCUCUACAUGAUCAUGGGCAUUGGCUACCUCGUCUCUACGCUCAACGGUUUCGACAGCUCUCUCAUGGGAUCCAUCAACGCGAUGAAAGCCUACCAGAACACGUUUGGUCUGACUGGUCAAGGAUCCAGCACUGGUAUCAUCUUCAUUAUCUACAAUCUGGGCCAAAUUGCCGCUUUUCCAUUCUGUGGAUUUCUUGCUGAUGGAUAUGGUCGCCGGGUCUGCAUCGCCGUUGGCUGCGCGCUAGUGCUCGUUGGAACCGCCGUUCAAGCUACGGCCAACGAGAUGGGUCACUUCAUUGCUGGUCGCUUCAUCCUCGGAUUUGGCGCGUCCAUCGCCUCUGCUGCUGGUCCCGCCUACACCGUUGAACUCGCGCACCCUGCCUAUCGUGGAACCAUGGCUGGAAUGUACAACAACUUCUGGUGGGUCGGCAAUAUUCUGGCAGGUUGGACGACGUACGGUACCAAUCUUCACAUGGGCAACUCUUCAUGGGCAUGGAGAAUCCCCACCAUUGUCCAGUGCAUUCUCCCUACCAUCGUUAUGGCCUUGAUCAUGUUUUUCCCAGAAACGCCUCGUUGGCUCUUGGCGCAUGACCGCAGAGAGGAAGCCAUCGCUAUCAUGGCAAAAUACCACGGAAACGGCAACCCCAACUCUCCUAUCGUACAGCUUCAGCUACACGAGAUCACCGAGGACUUUGCCGUCACUCGCAACGACAAUCCCUGGUGGGACUUCCGUGAGCUUGGCAAUACCAAGGCAGCACGUUACCGAUUGGCCAUGGUCAUUGCAAUGGCUUUCUUUGGUCAAUGGAGUGGUAACAACGUUGUCAGCUAUUUCAUGCCCGCAAUGGUCAAGAAUGCCGGCAUCACAGAUCCCAACAAGCAAUUGCUCAUCAACGCGAUUAACCCAAUUUUCUCGAUGAUUGCUGCCAUCUACGGUGCCACUCUUCUCGACAAGCUUGGUCGCCGAAAGAUGCUUAUGGGCGGUCUCUGGGGUGGUCUCUUCGCCUACGUUCUCCUCACAGCCUUCACUGCUACCGCGACCAAGGACAACAACCUCGCCUACGGCACCAUCGUCUCCAUUUACCUCUUCGGCAUCUUUUUCGCCUGGGGUUGGACCCCCCUACAAACCCUAUAUGCCGUCGAAUGCUUAGAGAACCGUACUCGCGCAAAGGGAUCUGGUCUCAACUUCCUGUUCCUCAACGUCGCUAUGGUGGUCAACACCUACGGUAUCUCAGUGGGAAUUGAGAAGAUCGGAUGGAAGCUUUACCUCGUUUACAUUGCAUGGAUUUGCAUCGAGAUUGCCCUUAUCUUCUUCUUCUUCGUUGAGACUGCAGGCAAGACUCUCGAGGAGCUUAAGGAGAUCUUUGAGGCGCCCAAUCCAAGGAAAGCUAGUUUGAAAAGGGCAAAGGUGGAGAUCGAUGAUAGUGGAAACAUCCACAAUGUUCACGAGUGA